AUGCAGCCGAUCAGAGACCUCAAGCAUAAUUUCAGCCUUCCACCUCCACCAUCCAUGGCUGGAUCUGGUGAUUCCUAUCACCAAGGCAACAUCCGAAUGACUUUGGAGGAUCCAGAGCUGUGGAGGUCAUUCCAUGAGAUCGGCACGGAGAUGAUCAUCACCAAACCGGGAAGGAGAAUGUUUCCACACUGUAAGAUCAGCUUGUCUGGAUUGGUGCCGUAUGCAAAGUACAUCUUGUUGGUGGAUAUGGUCCCAGAAGACAGUCUCAGAUAUAAGUGGAACAAGGAUAAGUGGGAGGUCGCUGGUAAAGCCGAGCCCCAGCCGCCCUACAGGACCUACCUGCACCCUGACUCUCCAGCUCCCGGCAGCCACUGGAUGAAACAGACCGUGUCUUUCCUCAAGCUCAAACUGACCAACAAUGCUCUUGACCAGCACGGACAUAUUAUCCUGCACUCCAUGCACCGCUACCACCCGCGUUUCCACAUCGUCCAGGCGGAUGAUUUGUACAGCGUACGCUGGAGCGUCUUCCAAACUUUCACUUUCCCAGAGACUACUUUCACAGCAGUCACUGCCUACCAGAACACAAAGAUUACAAAGUUGAAAAUUGACCACAACCCCUUUGCCAAAGGUUUCAGAGAUGAGGGUACAAACUCCAAAAGACGAACGAAUAGAAGUCUGGCUGAUCCUGAGAGAGCUCCAAAGAAGACGAACAUCUCAAAAGACUCUGAGCAUGGAAGUCAAAGAGAUCUUGAUGAUGAUGCGGGUCGCAAGGAACUGGAGGUAAAGUGCGAGCCUUACUCUCCGUGGGGCGCUGCGUCUGACAAUCACGCUCUCCGUGCAGAUUCUCCUCUGUGCUCGGACCCCCGAGACAUGUACAGUUCAGAACAGCUUGUACCUGGACACAACACAUACCACCCCAACAGAUAUCAGGAAUAUGGCAAAUCCCCCUCUCCUACAUCCAGCGUGGGCAGCGGUAGCGGCUGUGUUAGCCGUUCCAGCUUUGAGUCUCGUGUGCCUGAUGUUGCCACCGUCCCUGAUCAUGACGCCACCAGUAAGCCACCUGUCCCCGAGUUCGCACCCGCCCCUUGUCCACCUCAACCCUUGACGGGGCAGCAAGACUACACAGGAGUACUGAACAUGGCCAUCGCUCAGGCCAAGCCAGGUAUAAUGGGCCACCAUCCUCUCUACACCCCCUACAGUACCGAACAGUCUCUGGGGCAAUGGAACGGACCGCCGUCCACCCAGUACCCACCGCCGCCGCCACCACCACCACAUCAUCACCUACCCGCGGAAUACAGCAGCCAGGCUGUCCAUCACAGCUAUCACCAUGGCAACGUGGGGGACUGGAGCCAAUACCCACUGUUCUCUUACUCCUGCUGGUGAGUGGAUGAGGAACUGAAGUGUAGAGUGAAAACUGAAUGAGGAACUUCCGUCUGGUUCUUC